CAUAGACCGGCCACAAUGAGCAUUCCCGCCGCCACAGCCCUCAGAACACUCCGCUCAGCUGCGCCCUCCAGAGCAGCUCGCACUUUCGUCUCGACAACCGCCGUCCUCCAAGAAUACAGCGUUCAAAAGGGGACUGUGUUCCCCGGAGAGACCCAAGAAGAAGCAUGGAAGCGAAACCUCGGAGAGGCUCGUGAAUGGCGUCGGCGCAAAGAGCAAACAAAAUCUACUAUCCCCCUCUUCAUCCCCAAAACCUCCACCCCUCCUCCUCAGGCCCGACCAUCCCUCACGCCACAUGAAGCUACCCUCUCCACUCUCCUCGCUUCUGGUGCCGCCCUCGGACACGCGGCAAACAUCACCUCCCACGCGUAUAUGCCUUAUAUCUACGGCAAGCGUGCAGGUCUGUCGGUGAUUGAUCUGGACCAGACGCUGCCAAUCCUGAGGAGGACGGCGGCCCUCGUGCGAGAUGUUGUGAAGCAGGAUGGCAUCAUCCUGAUAGUAGGAACGAGAGCAGGACAUUCGAAGAUGAUCCACAAGGCAAAGGAAAGGCUCGAAGAUAAUGGUUACGCCGUCAACAGCUGGAUGCCUGGUGUCUUGACAAACUCGGAAACAUUCUUUGGAAUGCAGCCCCUCCUCAACAAGUCUUACAAACCCGACCUUGUCAUCUUCCUCAACCCCUCUGAAAACACUCCUGCCAUCCGAGAAUGCACAUCUCGUAAUAUCCCUACCGUUGGUAUCGUAGACACCGACACCGACCCCAGACUGGUCACCUACCCCAUCCCGGCUAAUAUGGAGAGUCUCCGAACCGCCGAGCUCAUCAUUUCUACUCUGAGCAUCGCUGGCCAAGAAGGGCGUCGGCUGAGGUUGAAGGAGGCUGAGAAGCGGGCCCGCAAGGCUGCUAGGACGAACAGAGGGCCUAGGGAGAGGCAAUCAUAAAAGGAAUGAGGAAGUGCUAUGCUACUCGAGAAGCUUUCGAAAGUAUGCAUAUCCCAUCGACUAACAAAUUGCUGCUCUACGUCUGGCGCCUUUCGGUCAAGAUUCAUCCGAACCUCUACUCAGUCCCAUUCGUGUUAGCAUCGGUGGCUUGCGAGGCUACCCUUUCGCCUCCCUGGUGGUCCGGCUCUGAAAUUCCGGUAGCGGCAUCAUCUUCUCCAGAGUCAGCUUCAGCACUUGAACCUCCCAUGACUUGCCUCGUUGCUCGUUACCGCCCAGUCGGUGCCCUGGUCCCGCAAAGUUGUUGUGAGCAGCUGUGCUGCGCCUGCUGCGAGACGUCCCUCCAGCAGAGUUGUUGAAGGAGGUAGUCCCAGGAGCAGUAGAGUAUGCUUCAUCUCCUGGACAGGUUCAUUGAACAGCGUUAGUUCCUUCUCGUGCAGGUGGUGGUGGAUGCUGACCAUCUGCUGUCUGGCCCAAACGGCGCCCGGGAUCGCCGGACGCAUUCCUGGAAGAUGGGCUUGCUAAACAAUUCAACGUCAGCUGAUAUGGGUGCAUCUACAUACAAGAUCACCGAACUUUGGGGGAAUCGCGAGAAUCCAGACCCUUCUGUACCUCCUGCGCUGUUACCGGAAUAGCUCAUGAUGGUGUCGCUGGUUGGUAGAUCUAGUAGUAGUGACGGGUGCAAUACUGCGACUGAUUGUAUAUCUUGUGUGGUAGAGUUGUGUG